AUGUCCGACCGCGAGUUUAGUUCAAAUGACGAUCUGUCGCUCCCCAAAGCCACAGUGCAGAAAAUAAUCACCGAGAUUCUCCCGCCCUCGUCCGGCCAGACGUUCGCCAAAGACGCGCGCGACCUGUUGAUGGAGUGCUGUGUCGAGUUCAUCACGCUCAUCUCGUCCGAAGCAAACGACAUCAGCGAGAAGGAGGCCAAGAAGACAAUCGCGUGCGAGCAUGUUGAGCGGGCGCUGAAGGAUCUCGGGUUCGGCGACUACAUCGAGGACGUGCUGGCUGUUGCGGAGGACCACAAAGAAGCGCUCAAGACACGAGAAAAGAAAACCAGCAAGAUGGAGCAGAGUGGUCUGUCGGCAGAAGAGCUUCUGCGCCAGCAACAAGAGCUCUUUGCCUCAGCCGGGCAAAAAUUUAACGGCGCAAGCGAGUAG